GUACAGGUGGGUAUCAGCGAGGCACGGUCAAAACAAGUGCCCAGUUCCAGGUUUUCAGUCUCGCCCGCACCUCUCGCCUCACAGGAGCCCCUCGAUACAGACCUGAUCUCUAAGGGGAGGGAGAACUAUAUCACUGAGAAAAGGGAAAGGGAAGAGGUUCUUGAUCUACCAGAAGUGAUUUGUGAUUGAUCGUCUUCGUGAAAUUCGUUGUGUUCCAGCAUGGCGAGUGUCCGGAUAGGUUUUAUAGGAGCGGGUAAUAUGGCACAGGCUUUGGCGAAAGGAAUGGUUAGUGCAGGCCUCACGAAACCGCAGCAUAUCAUUGCGUCAUCACCCAAGACAGACCAGCAUCUCCUCGAUCAGAUGGCGGCCAUCGGCUGCAGCACGACCCACAACAACGCCGAAGCGACCGCCCACUCGGACGUGGUCGUGAUCUCCGUCAAGCCAGCGGUCGUCCCUCGCGUCCUCCACGACAUCAAGCCCUCCGUGACCUCCGCCCGACCCCUCGUGACCUCGGUGGCGCUCGGGGUCACUCUGGCAACGAUGGAAGGAGUUCUGCCUACCGAAUCGAGGGUGAUAAGGGUCAUGCCGAAUACCCCAGCGCUCGUGCAGUUAGGAGCGUCUGUGUUCACAAGGGGGACGCACGCCACGGACGCAGAUGCGACGCUCACGCACAGGUUACUCUCAGCCGUGGGAGAAUGUGACGAAGUUCCAGAAACUUUCCUCGAUGCCAUUACUGGACUGAGUGGAGCCGGACCAGCUUACAUGUACCUGGUGGUGGAAGCGCUGGCUGAUGGAGGCGUCAAGAUGGGCUUGCCAAGACCGCUCGCGCAAAAACUCGCGGCGCAAACCAUGAUGGGAGCGGCCAAGAUGGUGAUGGCAACAGGCAAGCAUCCGGGACAGCUGAAGGAUGAAGUGUGUUCGCCGGGAGGUUGCACGAUCCAGGGAGUCCACGCCCUCGAGAAAGGCGGCAUUCGAGCGGCCUUCAUCGACGCAGUGCACGCAGCCACGACCACGUCCCUCUCUACUGCGAGUGGAAAGUAGGCUUAUACCCCCCUCCCACCACCCCUCGCCACGCCCGUUGCUCCUUGGCAAGGGAUGUUUCAGUGAGAAGUUCGUGUAUGUGGUUGCUUGGUAUGAGGAUAAGAUAUGUGGGUGUGUAUGCGUGUGUAAAUAUGUACAUGCAUACAUAAACACGUGCCCUAGUAGUCGAGUGUACUUCCUAAAUAGACAGUCUGGAGUUGAUUUCAGCUUCAUUCCGGCAUCUCCUGUGACUGUCCUGGUGGUUCUCGCCUGUUCCUUGGAUUGUAUCAGUGAUGUGAAGACGGGGGACUUGCUGCGGGGCCUACAGCUUGUCUCCCACUCCACUCUUGCCCAGGUCUGCGCCGCCUCUUGAAUCGUGAGUCUCUAAGGCGGAGCUCUGGCGACUAGAAACUGAUGGAUAACACACACUCACACACACGCACAUAUAUAUGCGUGUGUGUGUACAUACACACACACACGCAUAUAUUAUAUAUACAUAUAUAUACACACUGUGUGUGUGUGUGUGUGAGUAUAUAUGUAUAUAUAUGUAUAUACACACACACAUAUAUAUAUAUAUAUUCUUAUUUUCUACCUAAUUUACUCCAUGACAUUAAAUGUAACGAAGAGUGAAAGCAUGGCAGUAAGAAACUUAGUAGGUUGUGUAUAUAUGAUCAAGUGAUUAUGUUGUAUAUUUUAUAUCAUAGUUAUGUAUUAACACAGAUAUAUGCACACACGCACACGCACAUGCACACUCACACGCACACGCAAACGCACACGCACACGCACACGCACGCACACGCACACGCAAACACACAAACACACAAACACACACACACACACACACACACACACAAAUACACACAAACGUCCAUACGUACACUAUGUAUGUAUGCAUAUGUAUAUAUAUUUGAGUUUUACUAAGUCUGCUCUUUGUGUAGGGUACAGGUGACUAAUGUCUAUUUAUAUGAAAAUUAUAUAUUUUUGUAUGAAAAAUGUUAGUGCCUAUUUUGUAAGAUGGGAUUUUUAUCAUAUUAAAGAGUUAAUCAUUAA